AUGGAGGCUCUGCUGAUCCUCUCCCUCCUCGCUGCUUUGCAGAUUAUUGGCAGUGUGCUCGCUAGCGAUCCACCAUCGAAUGCCACCAAAUUGUCAACCAUCGAAUGGGGCCCGUGCGACCCAUCCGUGAUCACAAAUCCUGCUUUGACCUGCAGCUUCUUCGAGGUACCGUUGGACUACCACGACCCCGCCGUCGGCCACGCCAGACUCGCACUCGCCAAACUCAAUGCGACUGGCGAUCGACUCGGCACCUUAUUCUUCAACCCUGGUGGUCCUGGUGUCUCAGGUUUGGAUUCUCUCAACACACUGGCCGGCCUCCUCAGCAGCCUAUCAGGCGGGCUCUACGACAUCGUCAGCUGGGAUCCGCGCGGAGUCGGAUCGCUUACCACUCCAGGAGAGGUAUUCUGCUUCGAUAGCCUCGACGAAUACAACACGUUCUGGAAUGAUACCAUCCAGAUCGCCGGGAUCGAGAUGAUCGGCAACUUCAGCGACCCAGAUGACGUGCAGGCGUUGCUCGCACAGGCGCCGAUUAUGGAGGAAAAAUACGACGAGCUUGCGCAGCGGUGCUUGCAGCAUCCGAGCGGGAAAUUCCUGCGGUAUCUUGGAACGGCAGCGACGGCGCGUGACAUCGUCGCCCUCGCCGACUCGCUCGAUGGGCCCGGUAGUCCAGUGAACUUCCUCGGAGCUUCGUACGGUUCCGUCUUGGGCAUGUGGCUGAUCAAUAUGUUUCCUGAGCGCGUGGGCCGAGUCAUCAUCGACGGGAUUAUUGACCCAACGCUGCUCGCUACCCAAGAGACACCGGCCGUGUGGGCGUUCCACGAGCUCGCAGACGCUGACAAGGUGUACGAGGUCUUCCUCACCGGCUGCGCCCUCGCGGGUCCGCAGGGCUGUCCGAUAGCCUCCGCCGAGGGACAGACUGCAGCAGAUGUCGACGCGACGAUCCAGGCGCUCCUCAAGCAGGCGCACGACGCUGCACGCAGGAACGCCUCUGUUCCCAGUGUAAUGAGACAAUGGUGUGCUGAAGUGGACUACACAGAGGGACUUUUGUCUGUAAUGAUAGCCCCUGCGCAGGCGGCUAUCUUCGCGAACACGACGUGGCCCAUGCUCGUCGCCGGCGCGCAGGCUGAGUCCGGCCCCGGAUCCCUCACUGCUCGGCGCGGUAUUCGGUCUGCUCGCGGUCGGUACACACAGUCAUACUCUGCACAAGUGAUGCUCUGCGGCGACAGCGUCGACCUGCGCGGAACGCGCUUUUCCGAAGUGUUCGAAAUCAUCAUCGCCGCGUCCCGCAAUACCUCGGAGAUGUUCAGCGUGGGGUGGCCGGCGGAGUUCUACACGUGCCCAUUUUGGCCCGUGCGUGCUGUGGAGAGGUACCAGGGCCCGUUCAACAAGACGCUCGCGAACAAGGUGAUGGUCGUCAGUAAUACGUUCGAUCCUAUCACGCCGCUUCCGGAAGCUGAGGCGGUGACGGCGCUUCUCGGGGACAACGCUAGGCUUGUUCAGCAGCACGCAUUCGGGCACACGUCAGUCUCCGAGCCGUCUCAAUGCCUCAACGCGGUCAUGUUCGCGUACUUGGUGAAUGGCACGCUCCCGGAUGACAACAGGACGCUGUGCGAGGUCGACGCUGACUUUGAGAUCUUCCCGGGAGUGAACACAGAGGACAUUCUGGCGGCGAUGGCCUCAAGACAUUAG